AUGCGAGAGUUAAAUUAUAAAUUUUUUGUGUGAAAUUAAACAUAGAAUUUUCAGUUUAUUUAAAAUAAAACAUUAAUAUUAAGAAGCUACAUAAAAAAAAUACUAUUAAUCAAAAUAAUUUAUAAUUAAAAUAUUUAAAUGACAUGUUAAAAAAAAUCCUCUCUCAAAGAAAAGUUCUAUCCAAAUUUAAUAGUAAUUUGCACACACAAAUUCUUUUAUUGAUUUUUAUGAAAAACAUGUUUUAAACGCGAGCCUAAUUUCUUGGGUUCAACUUAAUAAUCUAUAAAUUGAAGCUCCAUUCAGUGCUCCUCUAUCAUCUACACAUCAAAUUAAAUAAAAUAAAAAUAAAAAUGAAGAAGUUUGUCUUGCUAAUAUCACUUGUCCAUCUUCUUCUUGCAUUUUCCUCUGCUAGAACAACACCGAAUCAACUCUUGCAGGCCGUGCGUGACACUAAUGGUGAUAUUCUGAGAACAGAUGCCAGGUACUUUGUUGUCGAGGAUCCAACACUCAAAGCUGGCGGCGGAGUAACACGAGGCCCGUGCUUGAGAUUUCUACAUGCUAACUUCGUGUGUCCAUUGCAGGUGGUGCAGUCCCCGCUAGAUGCUGACAAAGGCGUGCCAGUCUUUUUCAAACCUAAGGCACCCAAGCAAGUAGAAAUUACUGAAUCCAUUCCUCUUAACAUCAGGUUCUACAAUCCAACUACAAUUUGUAACAACACAGUGUGGGAAGUGGAAGGUUAUCCAGGAACUUUUGAGAGCCCAGCCUUCUUGUCAACUAACGGGGUGACUGGAAAUCCUUCCACCUGGUUUCAGAUUAAGAAAUUCAAUGAAGAAUUAAAUGUGUACAUGUUUGUGUUUUGUCCUACUAAAGAGACUUGCAGUGAAAUCGUCAUCAAUUAUUUCGACGGACAAAGGCGUUUGACUGCGAGACUCGGCUCUAGAUUCCCAGUUGUGUUCAUCAAGGAUACUCGCUACGGAAUAAAUUCGAUUAUAUGAUUAAUUUGGUUGGACUCAAAAAUAUGAAUACUAAAAUGUACCAACUUGUAUUGUCUAAAUAAUGGUACACAUGCGUAUAUAGAGUGUGCAUCCACGUCCAAGUAUAAGAAAUGUGUUUCCUCCCUAAUAAUAAUGUAUUGGUACAUUAAUGGAUCUAUUCCCUCUCCUUUUUUCUGUUCCUUCUCUUCAUAUUAUUUAUGGCAAAGUUCGGAUUAGAGUAACUUUGUCACAGUAAUGUUCUUAUAUUGUGUUGUGACAAACUACUACAGUAAAAUAAACAUUGAGACUUCCACCCCAAUUCAAAUACAAUAAAAUUCAGAUCUAGUUGAACCAAAAUACAAUACAUUAACACACAUGUGCCAUUGAUUACGACACUAUUCCUCGAGCUUUUAGAUCUUCUU